UUACUUUGAAGUCCUGACCGGAUGUUACGUCGUUACCGUAACAACAAACUUGACAUGAGGAAAAAACCCUUGAAGUUGUGGUGGGUGCUGCGGCUCUGCUAAACACGGAACUCUCUGGAGGCCCGGGAGGAAUAAAUACAGUUUAGCAAAUAAUACGUAGCCAUCAUCCGCGGGAAGCCCUGCCAUGCCUCCUACCUGCCUGCCUGUUCUCUGAUCACAAUGAGAAAUGAAACACUCGGAGGUCACUUCAGACUCUAUUACCAAUGAGGCUAACACCUAGCGUUGCAAGGUAGGCAGCAGCGGAUUUACACUAGCUUGCUAGCUCGUGAGCCAUGGCGGAUAGCUUUGGAGAGGAGUGUGGCAGUGGUGCCUUUGGUUUAGGCGUCACCGAACAAGGCAGUGGAACCUUUCCUCUGCCGACUUUGGCCAACUCUCUUCCCGAGGGACACUCAGCAGCAAGCGGUGUAAACGCCAGCGCCAACUCGGCCUCUCCUCCACCCGCCACCACCGCACAGAGUGGCCUAACUGCUUUGGCUCCUGUCGCGUCUGCUGUCGGCUUUGGAAACACCUUUAUUACGGGGUCAUCACCACCUUUUAUGGCAGUGUCUCCGAUUGUGCACGCGUCCUCCUCUCUGCCCACCGUGGGGCUAGGGGUGGCAGGAGGGGGCCUCUUGUCCCAGAUCCACGCCACUUCCUGGGAUCCGACCCUCAGCACAGACUGGGACAACGAAAAGGCUUCCCAGCAGUGCAUCUUGAGGAUAAAGAGGGACAUAAUGUCAAUCUACAAGGAACCUCCACCUGGGAUGUUUGUUGUUCCUGAUCCUCAAGACAUGACCAAGAUCCAUGCCCUGAUCACUGGACCAUUUGACACACCAUAUGAGGGUGGCUUCUUUCUCUUCCUUUUCCGCUGUCCCCCUGACUACCCCAUCCACCCACCCAGGGUGAAGCUUAUCACCACCGGACACAACACUGUCCGCUUCAACCCCAAUUUCUACCGCAAUGGGAAGGUCUGCCUCAGCAUCCUGGGAACGUGGACAGGCCCUGCAUGGAGUCCAGCCCAGAGUAUCUCCUCUGUCCUCAUAUCCAUUCAGUCUCUGAUGACCGAGAACCCCUACCACAACGAGCCAGGCUUCGAACAGGAGCGUCACCCAGGGGACAGUAAGAACUACAACGAAUGCAUCCGACAUGAAACCAUGAGGGUGGCCGUGUGUGACAUGCUGGAGGGUAAAGUUCCGUGUCCUGAUGCUCUUGGGAGUGUGAUGGAGAAAUCCUUCCUGGAGUAUUAUGAUUUCUACGAGGGGGUCUGCAAAGAGAGGCUCCAUCUGCAGGGUCAGAACAUGCAGGAUCCGUUUGGGGAGAAGCGUGGUCGCUUUGACUACCAGAGCCUGCUGGUUCGCCUUCGUGCCACCCACCACAGGAUACGGGAGAAAAGCCUAGCAGAGGAUGACCGCAACAACAACGAGUCGGACUCGGACAGCAGCUCCUCGGGAACAGACCCCGAUAGCCAAGGCGGCUCUCAGCCCUGACUCACGGGAUCAGAGAACUCUGAUUGUUGUUUGAUUUGACUUUUUAUUGCUAAAGCAGAACAUCACAGAAAACGUCAACAUGCCGUAUUCAUGGCUGUGAGUCCAAAUAAGUCCAGGUGUCUCUCAGAGUGGAAAGAUCUGUCACUGAAACCUAUCACCUACUAAUUCAUUGUUGGUAGUUCCAAUCAAGUUCUUUGAUCUCUCCAAGCUAAACCCGAUGUUGCUGAUAUGUUACGCAGAUCUUCUAAAUGACCGCCCCGACGAUGACCCAGCCUUCCUGUCUUCUUUAUGUCUCGUCUCAAAUCUUUGAAUAGAAAGUAGGCUAGUCACAGUUGAGUGCAGAAUUCUGCUUUGACCCACUAGACUGAACUGGCAUUUUCUAAUUUCACUGGGGAGACAUAAAGAUGUUGGAGAGGAGAGGUAAAGGGAAAGGACUUAGAAAAUCAGUUAUGGUCCUGAGAAGAAACCUGUCUGUUGUAAAGGACGUGCUUCAUCUUCUCUGUGGGGUAAAUGAAUGUCCAUGCCCUCUGCUCCAGUCACUGGGAUGUUAAAUAUCAGAGUUUCACCAUCACUCAACUGCUUUUCCUGGUGAGCAGGGCAGCUGAUUCAGAUUUAUCCUCUUAUGUCAAGUUGGUUCUUUUCCCAUCAUCACUCCCUAACCCUCCAAGCCCGGUUCUGCCCGACCUUUUGUACAGAUGAUCUGGAGAGGGAAAACGUGUGUAAUGUACUGAUAAACCACCCUGUAGAUGUGCUCAGUGCUAAAUGAACAGCUGAUCCUCUCACCUGUCAGCAUCAUUGCUUGUUAAUCAGCGCUACCCUCCUUUUCUUAAGGAGGAAAAUGUACCAGUUUAAAGGUUUCAGAGUUGUAAUCACGCACACACACACACACACACACCUGGGAUGCUGCAGUCUGAUUUCUUACCUUCCUCAUCUGAUGCAUCAAUAAAAAUGUCCCAUCUGUAGGUCGAGUUCUUGUUUGUGCGCCGUGGUCUGAUUCCACUGCAGCAGUCUUCUGUGGAAUGUGGUGUUAACGGAGUUGUGGCUUUACCCUGAGAGGACCACUCCUAGUAAACUAUUAUCGUUAGUGUCAACAAAAGGGUACGAAGCAAUAAAACUGAAAUUUUAAACCUGGCAUUUAAUUACAGUUUCUUUAUAAAAUCUAUUUAAAUGAAGAUGUAUUCUACACAGCUUUGUUAAAAGCAUAGAAAUGGGCAGAAGGUUUAACAUUUGCUGCACCUCUAGAAUAUGAACGAUAACCCAACUGCUAGUGUUUCACUUCUAACAGAACAGAAGUUUUCCUCGUGUCUGAGACCAGCUCCAAACCGAUCAGUGAGCUCGUCUUAGAACAGCUCCUGGUGAAAAGUUCAACUCCACACAUUUGGAAGGUGUAUAGAGGAGCAACCAUAUGAAAGCACUUCCAUACAUGAGAACUUGUCUGUCCAGAUGGUCCUACUGAUCAGACUGAUGGGGGGGAAAUAAAAAUCCUGAGCUCCAUCAGCAUCAGUCACUGGCAUACGACUUUUCCUGUUUCCUUAUGAAAAACGGCUCCUAGAAGGACUUUUAUUGCCAAAUGUUGAUAAUUGUAUACUUUGAAAUGGCUGUGGGUUAAAGGCUGGUUCUUGUGGCUCUGUGAGGCCCGUUUUACAGAAACAUGAGAACGUGUGGCUCUUAAACAUAUUUGUGUUUCAUUCUGGUGAAGGUCAGAAUAAAGUUAAGCCCUGAUGAACAGAA